AUGGGAGCAGACGCGAGCUUAGUCUAUGAUGAAGCAGAUAACCUUCCAGAAGAAUCGAAAAUUAUGAGAUCACCUACUCUCAACAAGUUUUCUAAAGACAGAUUUCAAUCAAGAUUCCCAGAUGCCCCGCAAGUUGGCACGCUAUAUGAUUUACUUGAAUACACAAAAUCUAUAGCGCCUGAUCUACCGUUUUAUGGCCACCGUGUUUAUGCAAAUGGAGCUUGGCAAAACGAAUUCAAGUCCCUUAACAGAGUUGAGUUCUGUGGCAUCAGAGAUGCAAUUGGUUCCUAUCUUAUUAAAAAUUGCCCAGGCAUAAAUCGUAAUAUUGGCAUUCUAAGUUACAAUAGAAUGGAAUGGGUCGAAGUACAACACGCUUGCUAUGCAUACGGCUACAUUCCUGUUCCUAUUUAUGAUACUUUUGGCUGGCAGAACAUGCUUUACAUCAUUAAUUUCGCACAUCUUACUCAUGUUUUCAUCAUUUCAACGAAAGUUGAGCAACUCCUUCAAAACAUUACAGACGAUUGUGUUCUUACAGACCUUAUUGUCAUCGAUGCCGAAGACAAACCAUUUGAUUUCAGUAAGUACGAAAAUCAUCGAAUCAAUUUCCACAAAUUCAGCGAAUGUGUUGAAUUUCCUGACCGUUAUCCAUGCAGACCACCACAACCAGAUACUCCUGCAUUCAUCAUGUUCACAUCAGGCACAACAGGCAAUCCGAAAGGCUGUGUUGUCACACACGAAAACAUGAUUUCUGCUGCAGCAACAGCCGGAUACUGGGUUUAUAACUUCAGUCAGAAUGAUUCGAUGCUUUCUUAUUUACCUCUUGCACAUAUCUUUGAAGCUUGCAUGCAUGCUGUUGGCAUGAAAGUCCUUGGAUACAUGGGAUUUUAUUCAGGAUCUUUAUCUCGAAUCACUGAAGAAUUCCAGAUAUUCAAACCAACAGCAAUUAUUGGUGUCACACGUGUUUUCGAACGUAUACAAGAAGGAAUACUUUCAAAGGUCCACGCAAAAGGCAAAUUUGCAGAGUUUGUAUUCAAAAAAGCCAUGUCAUUAAAGAUGUUUUCAAUCAACCAUCUCCGUUGCAAACACAUUCCUUUGAUUGACAGCAUCUUUAAUCCAAUCAAAGAAGCAACAGGUGGACGUGUUAAAUUCAUUGUUGGUGGUGGAUCUGCGAUGGGUGGCGAACUACAGAAUUUCAUAAGAAUUGCUUUAGGAUGUGAUGUUAUACAAGGAUACGGUCUUACAGAAACAACAGGUCCAUGCAUUGCACAAACAUAUACAGAUUAUCUCACAGGAAAUGUUGGUGUUCCAUGUGCAUGCGCUGAAUGCAAACUUAGAAGUGUUUCUGACAUGAGAUAUCUCGUAGAAAAUGGAGAAGGAGAACUUCUUGUUCGUGGUCCUGGUGUUAUCAAAUCAUACUACAAUAACGAGGAAGAAACGAAAUCAAACUUCGAAGAUGACUGGUUCAAGACAGGCGACAUCUUCAAAGUAACAAAAACAGGUCAACUUUCUGUAAUUGGCCGUCGUAAAGAAAUCAUAAAACUUUCACAAGGUGAAUAUGUUUCAAUCCAGAAACUAACAUCUAUUUACAGCACUGUUCCAGGUGUUGUUCAGAUUUACAUACAUGGCGGUCUUACAUCGAGAUACUUGACUGCAGUUGUUGUUACAGACAUCAAAUGCACAACAACAGAAAAAGAAUUUGUUGAUCUUUUCAACCAAAAAGCUAUUGAGUACAAACUUAAUGGUUUUGAGAAGAUCAAAGGUGUAUAUAUUACACACGAAGAGUUCAGUACAAGCAAUGGAUUGUUGACACCAUCAAUGAAACUCCGUCGCAAAUGCAUUGAAGACAGAUACAUCCACGAACUUGAGAAAGUUGAAUCAUCAAUUGUUCAAUAA